UCAGCCCCUGGAAUUGUGGCUUUCAUUCUUUUUGCUGGGCAGCUAAGAUAGCGGUCUUACCACGGCCAGGUACCAACUAAAACUAAACUUCCACGAACUCAACUCACGAUCAUUCAAAUUCCCCAAGUCUUUCUUAAGAUGGUUUUCCGUAGUACCUUGCGCAAACCCUGUCCUUCUCCUCAAACCAGCGUCUGGUCUAGAAACAUUGCGAACAUUACUCUCCUGCUUUAACUUGCAAGGGGUUGAAUCAGUUUCAAGGGUCCACGGAUUUGCGUGUUCUGACGAUCACUUAUCGCUUGGGGGUGCUCUCCGCCUAUUUGCCGUGGGGAAUGGUGAAAUUCGUUGCAACCAUAUCACGUCGGUGAACUAACAGAGCUUCGACCAAGUACCCUAGCGACGGCACGCAAACAGCCAAGAUCAUACAGACAUAGGAUACAGUAGCGCCGAUUGACUACAUGCACAAAACGACGGACCAAUGGCGCCGGUAGGAGGAGUCCAGGAACUGGAUGAUUUCGGUCUGCCCAUCAGGAAAUACGUAAGCCCCAAAGAGGGGGAACAAGAUCAUGGUAAAACCACAUCAAUUAAUGCGACGAACGGGACCGCCAAAGAUUCUAGUACUCCAACUAAGGAGACAGAACAGUCCUCGAAAAGUUCAAAUAAUGUGCCAAAAUCAGAAUCAGUAACGAGGUCAGAGAAAGAGGGGGCAGAUACCAAGUUAAAACCACCCGCGAAAUCGGACGGAACUUCCGCCGCCAACAGCGACGACGAAGACUUUCAAGAUGCGCCCUCUACGCCACAGCCAGAACCAGAGCCGGAGCCAGAACCACAGUCAGAGCCCAAUACUCGACCCAAGCCACAAAUUGCCCAAGAUGCCGACGAAGCAAAGACUCCCCUGUCUACCCAGUCCGAGUUCAAAAAAGAGACGAUAGACGUGAAGGACGCUGUGGAGACGAAAGAGACAGCAUCACCACCAAAAGAGGGCGAAAAAGAAGGAUCUGACUCCUACGAGAACACCGAUCUACCACAACCUACAUCCAAGCGCAAGAAUACCUUGAGUAAAGAUGUACAGGCGAUUUCGGGGCCGUCGAUAAAGCAGGUUGAAGCUAGCAAACAUGCUGACGAAGCCAAAAAGGCUUCGGAUGUUGGCCACAGUCGGGAUGUCAGCCUGGCGAGCACGAAUCAUGAUGUAUCGGAGUUUUCCCAUCAGCAGUUAACGGGGCAUCAUGAAGAGAAGAAGGAUAAUGAGGAUGACGAGUGGCAGGCUAUGCCAGCCUAUGCGCCGUACGAUAUAUAUGAUGACGAUAAUAAGCUAAUAGCUAAAGAGCAUAACCCCGACGAGGACGAUAAUUAUGGUUACGGUAGUCUCGGUGGCGCCGGGAGGGGGUAUACGAGGGUUUUAGAUGACGAGGACGCAGAGUCGCAAACAAGUAUGGAUGACAAUACACGGUAUCUGUUCAAAGACCCCAAUAGCACGAGCAUGACGGAAAUGGACGAAGAUCAGAGAGAUGCCGUCUCUCAGCUACAGGCCACGAAAGACUUAUUGACGGAAGGGCAGAGGAUAGCAUAUGUUGGAGUCACCCGUUUAGAGCUUUACGAGAUGAUCAAAGAAGCAGAGAGCAUGACGACUUCUUCCAAAAGACUAAAGAAGGAUAUUCAGACGGCAGCCGAAGCGUUGAAGAUGUGGUCUCAGAAGAUCAUGAUUCGACUCUACGCCCAUAUGGAAAUAAGUCCCGCGGAACAGGUUAUGAUCGAGCAGUUAGCCGAUCACGGCGUUAUACCCAAAGAUCUAACGCCAGCCCUUAUGCAGAAUUCUAGGGUUAAAAACCCGAUGGCGGAGCAAUCAACGCCGUCUUCGACGCCAACAUUCUCCUUAAAGAGCCCGCGGUCGUCUAUUUCGACGUCUCCUGCGUCUCCCGGGGGAGAAAAAUCUGCGGAGCCUCCACCACCUUACGAGAGCCACGAGGGCGAGGAGAUGCCAGAAGUGAGGAUGCCCUCACAAUUACCGAGUAGUGACAAGAUUGACAUUGAUUUACGAUGGACUGUCCUGUGCGAUCUUUUCCUAGUGCUGAUUGCCGAUUCCAUUUACGAUGCUCGCUCUCGUGUGUUAUUAGAGAGAGUGGGAAACGACAUGGGUGUUCCUUGGAUAGACAUCUGCAGGUUUGAGAAGCGCGUCACCGAUGCUUUGGAAAUGCAACAACAGGCAGAGAAAGAGAACUGGAACGAGGAAGAACAUCUCGAGAAUAGGAGAAAACUCGCCCAAAAGAGGCGAUACGUCAUGAUGGGCUUGGCUACCGUCGGAGGUGGUUUGGUCAUCGGUUUAUCUGCCGGACUUCUAGCACCGCUUAUCGGCGCCGGCCUUGCUGCCGGUUUUACAACUAUCGGAGUUGGCGGUACGAGCUCCUUUCUAGCAGGGGCCGGAGGAGCAGCUAUCAUCACUUCUGGCGCCGCCGCUUCUGGCAGUUUCAUGGGUGGUAAAGCUGCGGGUCGACGAACCGGUGCCGUGAAAACAUUUGAAUAUCGCCCCCUACACAACAACAAACGUGUCAAUCUGAUCGUAACCAUCUCCGGAUGGAUGACGAGUAAAAACGAUGACGUACGAUUGCCUUAUAGUACUAUCGAUCCGGUGAUGGGUGAUAUCUACUCAAUUUUAUGGGAGCCGGAGAUGUUGACCAGCAUGGGUGACACUAUCAAUAUUCUGGCGACCGAAGCUCUCACCCAAGGAUUACAACAAGUUUUAGGCAGUACCAUCUUGAUUAGUCUGAUGGCAGCCCUUCAGUUACCUGUUGUCUUAUCCAAAUUAGCAUACCUGAUCGACAACCCCUGGGCCGUAUCCCAAGACCGUGCAUGGGCUGCCGGUCUCAUUCUAGCCGACUCGCUAAUCGACAGGAAUUUGGGUACUCGGCCUAUAACCUUAGUCGGUUACUCGCUUGGGUCUCGCGUUAUCUUUUCCUGCCUCCUAGAAUUGGCUCGAAAAGGUGCUUAUGGAUUAGUUCAAAAUGUCUACAUUUUUGGGUCGCCCAUCGUCGUCAAGAGGGAGGAAUUUCUCAGGGUUCGUACCGUCGUGGCUGGUAGGUUCAUAAACGGAUACAACAGGACGGAUUGGAUUCUAGGCUACCUGUUCCGCCUGACCAACGGCGGGAUUCGCCGCGUCGCGGGUCUGGCAACUGUGGAUGAUAUACCUGGUUUAGAAAACUUCGACUGCACGGAUUUCGUUGUAGGCCACAUGGAGUAUCGUACGGCGAUGCCUAUUCUUCUCAGAGAAUGCGGUUGGCUUGUCGAAAGCGAUGAGUUCGGCGAGAUCGAGGACCCAGAUCCUGACCGGUACCGAGAACGACAACGUGAGCUCAUCAGCGAGAUCGAAGAAGCUCGCAAAGAAUUGGAAAAGGAAGAGUCAACGAAAAAGGGUGGGUGGGGCAUCUUCGGGCGCAAGAAGAAGGGCUCGCGACAGGAAUGGGAGGUUUACGAAGAUAACAAGAAGGAUGGAGAAACACCGUCCAAAACAGAGGAUAAGGAGGGCAAUAACCACGGCGUCUUAUUCGACGUUGACGCCAUACGAGCGGAGCUCGCGAAGGAAGAAGAGCUCGAGGUCAAGGAAUUGAAAUCUACAUUACCCCCGAUGAAACUUGACGUCUCGCCGCCGCCGCCGCCGAUCUCGUCAUCCGCCAGUCCGAGAGACGCCUUCCACAAGACGAAAAGCACGGGAGAUAUAUACGGGUACGGGGGCAGGAGCUCCUCCUUCGAGUACAGGGUCUCGCAGGAACGCACGCCGACAAAAGGCCUCGGGUUCGAUAUGCACCCGCCAUUGGAAGACAACGAGAUCCAGAUGACGUUCGACACCUCGUUCACGGAAUCGCAUCUCGAUGUACCGCCCCCGCCCCCGGCAAAGGACUUCCCGCCGUCACCAUCGCCGUCGGCGUUCGCGAGGCCGGAGAUCAAGUCGGCGCAGACGACUCCGAAUAUAGCGUUGAAGGACCCGUGGGCGGACGACGAUGAUGAGGAGUUUGGCAAGGAGAAGGAGAUGACUAUGACUUUUGCGUAGGUAAUUUCUUGGUAGAAUAAAGGUAUACUGUCGAGAGUGAGGAGGCAUAAUAUGGUUAGCCGUAGAUGUGCUGUAUGAUAAGGCAUUUUUGUAAUUACUUAGCCUCCUGAGGUACCCCGGCCAGAAGGGCCUCGGAAUUAGUGCCCCAUGUAGUAAUAAUACUGUGAUACACUGUAUGCACUUUAUCACAUAGGCGUACAGUGUAUUACAGUAUUAUUACUACAUCGGGUACUAAUUACGAGGUCCUUCUGCCCGGCUUAGGUAAAGAGAGAUCAAAUACUUGAAUGGUAUCCAAUGUCUUGAGUUCAA